GUCAGCAAUGGCCUCGCUCUUCUCGCUGUGCCUCAUGGCCCUCCUCCUCUCGACGGCGUCCGCCUUGCCGUCGCGGGCCAGUCCUGCAGCCGGUAGCGUCGACGGAUGGCUCCACGAGGAACUGCCGGCGGCAGCACCCGGAGGGUCUGAAGAAAGCAAUGCCGCCACCGCCACCGCUGAUGGAAUCGCGGUGCCGCCGCCGCCGCCGGGGAGGCAACGGUUCAGGACCCCUCCCCACCCUUUCGCGCUCAGCCCGGAGGCGAGGCGAGGGCUGGAGCACGAGGCUCGCUGCGGGCCGCGCGUCCCGGUGCGGCGGAGCUCCCCCUGGCCGGAGUGGAAGCCGCGCUGCCGUGGCGACGACGACGGCGAUGCCGCGGACGUGAUCACGACCGGCGCGGCGGGUGCUCCGGCGCCGGCGUGGCUGCCGUUGGACGGCAACGAGCCGUAG